UGUUUAUGCAUUAAAUUAAUUUUUUUCUGCAACGCAUGAUCUCAAAUUUGAGAAGAUCGAAAUCAACACAUGAAUUACGUAGUCUCAUCUACAGUCAUUAGGAAGGGUAAAUCUUUUCUGCUGUAAGAUGCUGUCGAGGUUUGCAUUUCGUUCUGUUCAGUACAGCAGACCCCUUAUGGGUGUGCGUUGCAGUCAGACUGUCGCAGCAUCCGGCGAGAGGGCUGUCACAGCAUCCGAGGAGAGGGAUGAAGUGAGAUUUCCUCGUCCUGUGAGAGCUGAAUUUCCAGACAAAGUCCGUCAUGGUUUUAUUCCAGAGGAGUGGUUUCAGUUUUUCUAUAAGAAAACUGGUGUCACAGGUCCAUACACCUUUGGUGUGGGGCUUGCAACAUACUUCAUCAGUAAGGAGAUCUAUGUGCUGGAACACGAAUUUUACAAUGGUAUCUCCCUUUUUAUCAUGGCUGUAUUUGCUGUGAAGAAAUUUGGACCCAAGGUAGCAGCUUACCUUGACAAGGAGGUUGAUGAAGUUGCGAACUCAUGGAAACAUGAGCGUGAGGAUGAAAUUACAUCAUUAGGUGACACUGUGGUGGCAGAGAAGAAAGAGCAGUGGCGUGCAGAAGGACAGAAGGAUUUGUUUGCUGCCAAGAGGGAGAAUGUUGCACUUCAGCUUGAAGCAGCUUACAGAGAAAGGCUCACGAUCGCCUUCAAUGAAGUGAAACGACGAUUGGAUUACCAGGUGGAGCGUCAGAACAUUGACCGGCGCAUCGCGCAUAAACACAUGGUGACAUGGGUUAUACAAAAUGUGCUCAAGUCAAUCUCGCCCCAGCAAGAGAAAGAAUCUCUUGCCAAGUGCAUCGUUGAUCUACGUGGACUGGCCAAGGCGUAGAUGCAGACAGCAUUUAGAGGAAGUGAUGGCAACACUGUAAAUAGUACCAUGAUUAUGUGAAGCACCAGGAUGCAAAACUACAUUAUAGUUAAAAUGUUUCAGAAAAUGUUUCGAUGUGUCUCAUUUUUGUUGACUUUAUUUGUAUUUAUCAGUACUGAAGUUACUACAAGUCAUCAAAAUUAUUUGUAUGGCAUUUUCUCAAUAAAGAGGUGAUGUUAUGUAUCAUA